UUGCAUGCAUUUUUUUCGGGGCGCGAUGCUACGAGGGCGUUCGUAAGUGGUGAUUUCACAGAAAGUGGAUUAGUUGAUAAUACCGAUGGGCUUCCUCAUGAUGAUUUGUUAGGAAUUCGUGAUUGGAUCUCAUUUUAUGAGAAAGACUACAAGUUGGUCGGUGUUCUUGUUGGUAGGUAUUAUGAGGCUGAAUGGACAGCCAACGCAGGAGCUACGCGAUGUAUUAGGCCGUAUGCAAACCGCAGCUGA